AUGUCCAAAACUCUCGACUUCUCCUCCAACGAAUUAGGCAGAGAUGUCACCUUGGUACUCGUUUUCGAACCACACAACGAUGGUUCCCUGUACCAGUCCUUAUUUCCAGUGGCCUGGAAGGUUCUCACUUUCAGUGCAGCUGGAGCUAGCCAAGCCUCUGUCCGUUAUACCGCAGAAGGCGCAUUUUUUGUCCCUCAGACAGCUGGCGGGGAUAAUGUUUUUUCUAUCGACUACAAACGCAUUGAUAUUGGGGGAAAGUGCGUUAUGGAGACUGACGAUGAAGGCAUGAACUUUCUCAACCCAGCGGUUGAGGGAAAUCCAAAUUCGAUGCAAUGCGAGAUUAAUACCAGUCAGCCGUCGAGCGUCGGCUUUGGCACUCUCAGUGGAACCCGAAGCACGGUUGAACCACUCAUGUUUUGGAAUAAAGUCGGCGUUAGCAAUACAGUUUCCCUUAAAUUUACGCCCAAGUUGAAGGUAUUCGCAGAGCACGAUUAUCACGAGAAACAAAUAAUUCGAGGAAAAAUAGGAUCGACUGUUAUCCUUGAACAGGACCUCGACGAUCUCCCUAGCUCCUCUCAGUGGGUUGUGUCCAUUGACAGUGGGACCGGAGAAGUCACUAUUGAGCGUGCAUAG